AUGCCAGAUUGUCUUCAAUUAUUAGUUUGCUUGUUGGCAAUUUUUAAUGGGUUCCUCUUCACACCUGCCCUGGCAGAGAAAUGUCUGCCGCAUUCAAGAAACCCCAACUGCCAACACUUGCAACGAAUCAAACUUUCCCUGGACGAAAAUGUGAAUCCCUGCCAUAAUUUCUAUGCCCAUGCCUGUAACAAUUGGCCCUCCCAGCACAUGUCUUCCGAAUAUGCCGAUGCCCUACAAUUGGUGGAUCAUCAAAUGAACUUGAAAUUUAUACGCCUGGUCCAGACCAUGACAGAGGAGAAGCUGAAGUUGGAUUUUUUCAACAACACUCGUGUGUAUUAUGAAUCGUGUCUGAAGGCAGCGGCAGUCCGAAGACCUCUGCCGGAAUAUUUGAAAAUCAUCCAGCCGGCUGAGAAUUUGGAAUGGCCAAUAAUGUGGAAAAUACGCAUAGACAAUACAGAAAAUUUGGAAUGGGAAUUAGUUGUGGAAUUACUCCGAGAAAAUGAUAAGAAAUCAUGGCCAGGCGGGCAAUUCGACAUAUAUCACCUGCUGGGUGAAUUGGCGGAUUAUGGAUUUGACCAGGUCCUCAUAAGGCCAUCGAUCAAGGAGACCCUAAAUGAAACAAUAUUGGUUUUGGCUGAACCCAAGUGGGACACCGUAACACAUUUGGAUAUGGAAGAUAUGUUAAACCGUCUGCAGGUACAUCCCGCUGAUGUCUACAAGUACACCAAAAGGCUAAGCGCAAUGCAGACUAAAUUGAAUCGCAUGUCGGGGAAGUUUGAAUACAAUUCUACAUCGCGUGUAUUUAAUUCAAUGGGAGAUUAUUCCGAAUUAAAGCAAAAAUAUCCGAUGUUACGAAAAUAUCUUCAUAAUAUUGGCAUCCUGAAGUUCGAGAGAAAUCUAAAAAUUGAAAUUUCCAAUUUGGAUUAUUUUGAUUUGCUUCAGACCCAACAGUGGACCGAUGAGGAAAAAGAACAGAUUUGCAAUUAUAUUAUGCUGCAUUGGCUACGGCUUCUGUUGCAGGAUAAGGCCAGCCCGGGUAAUACUAAAUUAGAUUGUAUCAAAGAGGUUCGUAGUAAAUUCGAUUUACCUCUAACCUUGCUGUACUAUGAAAAUUUCUUUAGGCCACAUGAACGUCCAAUUAGUUCCGACAUCUACCACAUGUUUCGUCAGAUCCGUAAGAGUCUAAUACAAUUUCUUGAAAAUAAACCUCAGGAGUUUGUGAUGGCAAAUCUACGAUCUGAAAUUGAUGGUCAACAGUUAAACUUGGGUAAUCGGCCCAGUACCCUGCGCAACUCUCACAUACAACAAUUAUUUGCCGAUAUCCCGCAACUAGAACCCAACAAUUUCUUCGUCAAUCAUUUGUAUCUGAUGCGUCACCGUAUGAUCACCUCACUGCAACGUCUACACCAUUCCCGACACGUCAUGUAUUCGGAUCAUCACCAGAAUGUGGGUAUUUCCUCCGCCCCAUUUUAUGAUGAAAGACGCAACAUGUUGCUGCUGCCCCUGGGUAUUCUACAGCCCCCAAUUUAUCAUCAGGAACUCCAUCCGAUUUUCAAAUUCUCUUCACUGGGAUUUCUAAUGGCUCAACAUAUCAACCACACCCAUUUGGCUGGAAUGUCAUAUUUUUUACCACCCCGCACAGAUUACGAAGAAGCAUACCAACAGUGUCGUAAUCGUUUCAAGACAGAACCCAAAAAAGUGUUAAUUGCCAGAAAUGUGGGAGCAGCAGCUAUAGCUUAUGAUUCAUACCUCUCCGAACAGCCCGGAUAUCAAUUUCAACCUGAAUUUACCGAUAUACCAUGGCAACAAUUAUUCUAUCUAAAUUUGGCCCAGCUGUUUUGUGUCGCUGAGAAUGGCACACCUCGCGAAUAUCGGAACCGUUUUAUACUGCAUAAGAUUGCCGCAUAUUUUCCAACCUUCAAUGAGGCAUUUCAAUGUAAUCGAGAUGAUAUCGAACCCGAAAGCAUUUGUGUAUUUAAUACUAAUCUAUAUUAUUUGUAA